AUGGAUAAGCCCGAGGUCCAUGAAGAGAUUACAUCUCUCAUCAAUGGCUGUAUCGGAUUUAUCGUCGAUUUUAUCAACGAGUUCGGCAGCAACUUGAUCAUCGAGUAG